UUAUAUAUAUCGAUGAUUGUUGUUGUUGUUGAUGUUUUCUUUUUCUUUUUAUCGCGUUACCAUUUUUGUGGUUUUAGUGGUAACAACAGUCGUUGAGCGAAUCACAACCGACCGACGGGGCACCGUCCUCCACCGCCACAUGUGAUCCUGUGAUUAUUAUUAUAAUUUUUUUUUUUUUGCAUAAUAUAUAUUUUUUUUUCUAAUUUUCAAAAUAUCAAUUUGGUUUUUUUAACCAUCAAUUUUUUUUUAAAUCUUCAUUCUACUCACUUCGGAAUCGUUGAAAAUUUGCCAUCACACGAUAACAUUAUUUCUCGACAGUUUACUUUCACUCCUUACACAUAAACAUGUAUACAUAAUUAUUAGGUACACGUUUUUGUAUUCGUAGGUAGUAGGUACAUGCGCAACAUAUAUUUCGUUGAAAUAUAAAUUUUUUUUCUUUGAUCAGUGCCAAACACGGUAAGUUGACAGUUCUCAUCGUAAUGUACCCGGCUCACACAUUUAAAGAAAUGGACCGAAGACCAUCAUCUUACAAAUCGCGUCCAGCGUCGUCCAAACCAUCAGGUUCUAGUUGCGUUAUAUGUUUUAAAAUUCAAUCAAUUUAUUCAAUUGGUACGUGUGAUCAUCCUGUAUGCUAUGAGUGUUCAACUACUAUGAGAGUGCUUUGCGAUCAAAAGGAGUGUCCGAUAUGCAGACGAAUACUGACCAAGGUUAUUUUUACCAAAGAUGAGUUGGAUUUGUUUAAAAAUUUGGAAGAACGUUCAUAUCCCCGUUAUAACAAAAAGUACGGAAUUGCAUUUGGUGAUCUUUCUGUGGAAAAUUCAUUUGAUCAAUUACUGCGUUGCUACUGUAAAAAAUGUUAUGAACGUCCAGAGUUUACAGCAUUUGAACAAUUAGCUACACAUAUGGAACGAAACCAUCGUCUUUAUGCUUGUCGUCUUUGUGUGAAUAAUUUAAAGAUAUUUCCAAGUCAAAGACGUUGGUAUAACUAUGAUGAGUUAACUAGACAUGAAGAAUGUGGAGACACCGAUAAUACAUCUCACCGGGGCCAUCCUGAAUGUCAAUUUUGUAAAGUUCGUUACUUAGACAAAGACGAGCUCUAUAAACAUCUAAGGAAAGAGCAUUUCUUUUGUCAUUUUUGCGAUGCUGAUGGUAUACAAGACUACUACAUGACAUAUGACUGGUUGAGAAAGCAUUAUUUUGAUAAACACUACCUUUGCGAAGAGGGAAAUUGUAUCAAUGAACAAUAUACAUCAGUUUUUCGUACGUCAAUCGAUUUACAAGCUCAUAAAGCGCAAACACACAGCAGAGAUUUGGGAAAACAAGGAUACAAAGAAGCUCGUACCUUAAAACUUGAAUUUACCUUACGACCGCGACACAAUCCGACCGUUGAAGCAGGCAGACCAAACCAAUACCAACCACCCCGACCCCGCCAACCACCAUCUGAUUAUUCUUACAACAAUAGCUACAAUAACAACAACAACUAUUCCGGCGGGCAAGAGUCAUCCGCAGCGACCUCAUCGGAUCGUGCAAUCAACGUGCGCAACACCGCUGACUUUCCGUCGUUGAAUGGUCAGCACACGACCGUGUUGCCAUGUGCCCGCACCAGGAAACAAAACCAAUCGGUCAACACACGAGAUUUACAUUCGUUCCCGGCCUUGGGACAGGACCCGCAGCCGUCGGUGGCGCCCAAGGCUCAGAAACCACCAGUGAACAGCAUCCGAAUGGCCGCAGUGCUUAAGAAACCAGCGGAACCCCCUAAACCGGACCGAAACAAAGACGCCAAGGUGCCUUCAGGCCCACGGUUGCCCAACCAGGCCAGGGACUUUCCGUCGCUAGACGGCAACCAAAACCACCAGCCACAGCAGCAGCAACAAAACCUGCAACACCCCAGGCUGGCCGCCAACAAGGAGAUGGCGGCGGCCAGUGGUUCGGGCGGUGGCAGUUGGGUGUCUAAAGCCAAGACGGGAAAUGAGAGUGAGAAAAAAAAGGUUAAAAAAGAACCAGCGGCCAUCAAGAAGAAAAUAGCAGAGGCGCCCAAGGUCCCAGGCCCGUCGGACUUUCCAAAUUUGAACAAAAAAUAUGAACCGUCCAAGAGCAACCUGGCAAAGUUGGGCGGCAACAAGAAGAAAUCGGAAAACUCGAAGAAAAUCGCGUCGGCAGAAAUUAACGUCAACGGCAGUGGCAGUGGUACUGUUCAAAACGGGAAAAAAAACCUUCCAACCGUGGACAGCAACAGCAGCAAUAAGGAAAACUGCAACAAGCCCAAUACGAAAACCGUCAACGCGGUACAGAUGUGCAACGGCGAAAUCAAGACGGCUACUUCAACGAAUAAUAAGGCGGUCGCCGGCAAGACUGAAGUGACAAAGCCCGCCGCCGCAGCCCCGGUAGAAGUGCCGAAGAGAGAGCAGUCCAAGAAGAAAGAGUCUGCUGCGGUCGGUCGAACGGCGGCUCAACCCGACGAAGAAUCCGUGUCGGACGCCAACAACCCAAAGGACAAGAAAAAGAGGAAGAAGAACGAAAAUCGAGGAGAACAACAACAGCAACAACCUACCUCAACCGGGCACCAGCAGCAGGAAAAUCAUCACCAGCAACAACUGCAGAACAAUUAUAUCAAAACGGCGACGCCGAAAAUACCGCCGGGCUUCGAGAACGCGUACCAGCAGCCGCCACAACAACAGGUCAGAGCCCCUCCCGGGCUGUCGGGUAAUCGUGGACCGUCGCCCGCAGCGCAGAACCAUCACCGGGUCAAAGCGCCGCCCGGUCUGUCGUUGUCGGACAGCGGAGGCGACGGCGGUAAACCGUCCGAGUACUUGCAUCCGGUCGGCUCGUCCGUCCGGAACAAAGUGCUCAUCAACAACCUAAUGGCCGCGCUCAUACCUGCCCGUGACGAACGUUUUGACACUUUCGAGAAGUUCAAAGAGAUGUCAACGCUGUUCCGCAAACAUGUCAUCACCGCGUUCGAUUUCUACUCGUACUGUGUCGAAGCACUGGCCCCGCACAGCUUUGAGUCCGUAUUCCAGGAACUCGUGUUGUUGUUGCCCGACAUCCAAAAGCAGCGGGAAUUGCUGUUCAUCUACAACCGGAACAGCAGACACGAAAUGAACGUAGAAGUGUGCAAACACUGUCGCCAAGUGUUGAAGGCUAGUGAAUUGGAAUCACACCAGUCCGUUCACAGUUCGACUGCGCGCAGUUGAAAUGCAACGGAUUCGCCUGUGUUUGUAUAGCGCAAAUCGCUUCGUGGCCGCCGAUCAUGCCUCCCAAAUGUAAUUAUCAAAUCAUUAAUAUUUUAUGCAAACGUUUUUAAGAUGCGCUCGCGCGCGGGUGUGAAAAAUAUCAAAAAUAUUACUACCUAUACAUAAUUAUCUUUUUUUUCUUCUUUUUUUGUAAUUAUUUAUUAUUAUUAUUUAAUUACAUACAUGUAUAAAGAAUAUUAAUUUCUUAAGAGAGCUACUUUUAAUGUUAAACACAUUUGAAAACAAUUAUUAACAAUAAUAUGUUCUCCAAAGCUCAAUGUGCUUGUUAAGUUUAUAAUUCGUAUAUAUUAUUUACCUACUAUUAUUAUUAUUAUUAUUAUACUUUUUGCCGGCUCUGUUCAGAUAUAUUUACAAUGAGAAAAUAAUAUUUAAAAAAAUUAACAUCGUCCGCCAUUUAAAAAUUGACGAUUAAAGUAAACUAUAUAUUAUAUCAUGCAAUGUAUACCUAUAUCAAAUAUUUUAUAUAUAAUACAACUACUCAAUUGUGUAAUAACUGCAGUAAUAAUAAUAAUACUAAUAAGUAAUAACAAUAUUGUGUACAGGCAGAUCGUGGUGUUUUGCUCGAUAGCUCCGGUCGUAUACUUGUAUGUGUAUAUUAUAUAUCUGUAGAAGUCAAUCGUUUUUAAUACGUACUACAUAUUAUUAUUAUAUAGUAUAUAUAUUAUUAUAUUAUUAUAUACAACCGAUUACUUAUCUGUGUGUACAGAUAUUAUCAUAUUAUUUUUAAUAAUAGUGUAAGAAACACAUUGCAUAUUAAUAUAUUAUGUAUAUUUUCGGUCGAUCAGACAAUAACGUUAUACUAGACUGUAAUUAAUAAAAAUAAAUGUGUAUUUG